AUGGGAAACUCUUCAGUUAGAACAUCAAAUGCUUAUCCUUAAAUAAUUUACAUGAAUCCAUUGAAUAACUAAUUAAGUUUUGAAAACCAAAACUACUUAGAUAACACAAAUAAUUAAAGUAUGGUGACUGCAGAUUUUGAUUCACCAAAACCAAAUAAUUCACAUUAAAACAUUACUAAAGUAUAUGUUAGAAGAAACUUCAGAAGAAAAGCUAUUAUUGUCUCUCAUUCAUCAAAAAGUAUUGAUGAAACGGAAAUUUAAAAUGAAAAUUGA